AUGUCCUGCACUGACCUGUGUUACCCAUCAGGUGGGAUUGCCUGCCCAAAGCCCUAUGCUGACAGCUGCAAUGAGGCCUGUGUCAGGCAGUGCCUUGACUCAAGAGUAGUGAUACGGCGACCACCGGCUGUCGUGACCUUCCGAGGCCCCAUUCUCAGCAACUUCCCUCAGGACAGCAUCGUGGGAUCCGCAGGAGUACCUGCUGCGGGCCAUGGAGCUGCUGGGGGAACUGCCCUGUCUAACAGCAUUGGUGGUGCUGGGGGCUUCUAUGGUUAUGGAGCAUCUCUUGAUUCUGGGGGCCUCUAUGGUUAUGGAGGAUCUCUUGGUUAUGGGGGCCUCUAUGGUUAUGGAGGAUCUCUUGGUUAUGGGGGCCUGUGUGGUUAUGGGGGCCUCAGCUCUGAUUCUGGGAGCUGUUACAGCUCUGGAUACUGCAGCCCUUAUUCCUACCGGCGAUAUGGCAGGUACCGCUAUGGAAGCUGCGGACCGUGCUAAAACCAGCAGGAAGAUCCACAGAUG